AUGUCGACCCAAUUAAAGGAACUACGGCUGCCACAGCUGGUGGAGGAGAGGAGGAAACACGAGCUUCAGCAGCAGCAACUACACCACCAGCUCCCACCACCAUGUCUUGACGAAGAGCAGCACGCUCAGCUGUUCUUCACCUUCAACUCGGCCUCAUCAUCGUCCGACUUCGCUCUGCCGUCACCUGUCACGCCAACCUUUUCGCGCUCCAGCCAGCAAGCCAGGUUCUCCAGCUCGUCAUCGUCUCUCGAAACCACCGACAGCCCGGCUUCGCCCUCCCACCCCAUACAUGUCAUCAAGUCGCCUACCAAACUGCCACUGCCGGAUGUUCAGGAGGACCCAUCAGAGAGGGAGGACGACGACGCGGCCUUCAUUGUGUCCGAGUAUGGGGACACUGAAUUCCCUACCUGGUCCUACUGCUUGUGUGAUGCUGGAUGUUCAUGCGAUUACAAUAACGACACCAGGAAAGGUAGAAGCACCCAUCCCUACUCGAGACCUGGAUCAGACUACGACCUGGGGUCGCUGAGCGACGGUGAUUUCAACGGAAGCCCACGGUCUAGGAAAAGGCGCGUCGGAUCCGAUGCAGGGAUUGCGAGCUGGGGGACCAGGCUUGGUUCAAGAUUGACAAGCCUGCCGCGUUGGAGAUCGGCAUCCGUGUCCAGGCGUGCCAACCUGGCGUUUUCACCCGCAUCUGAUCCAGCUCUUGCAGAACAACGAAGGCCCAGCUUCUCUCAUGCCGCCUCGAGCAGAUCGUCAUCCGUCUCUGUGCCGGCCAUGGCCCGCGUCCCCGAGUCUGUUCCCGCAACGCCUGCGCUAUCAUUCUACGAGAGCACCGACAGUAUUGUACCGACUUCUCCCCUUGAUAUCCAGCCAGCGGCCAUGGGAAAAAGUCUGGAGCGGGACCGAUCCAUGGCCACCACCCCUCUUCUCCCACCUCUGAUGAUGGAGAAGGCCGGUCACCAAACCCAACCGCAGUCGCUUCAGACGUCGCCUUUGCAGUCGCCCGCAGUGGUGCCCUCCCCGAUACCCGAGUUUCCAGUGCAGGCGCCCUACCCGACACCUCCCCUCAGCACAAAGGCGUCUUUCACCUCUCUCCGCCGAGGAACUGUGUCGAGCAUCUUCAGCGACCUUCCUUCUCCCGUGGUGAUGACUCCCACCAUACUUGUGGAGCAGCAGCCAGAUGCAUGGUCGGACCGUCUGGGACAUGCAAACUUCACCAUUGACCCAAAGCCAUAUGUUCCCGAGAAGGCGGAUCUGGCCACCUUUCAAGCAUUCUGUUCAGACUGGAACCUGGCCAGGACCAAUUACGCAAAGCAUCUCGGGCGGACCGGAGAACACUACGGCACCACCUCCAAGACGUACACCCUCACCGAGGCCAAGUGGGCCGACAUUGAGAGGGAGUGGCAGCAGGCGGAGCAAGCCUUGAUCCAGAGGGUGGGUCAGUCUGGGAACGGCAACCCUUCCAUUAUCUCGCAUUUGCGACGGACGGCCGAAGAAAUGGUUCCGUGUGGAAUUCCCCAAAUCCAGAAUAAUGACGGCAAGUUUCCGGCACUAGGAGAUUCCGAGAUUGUGGGGCCCAUGGCACGCGAUGCUGUCAUGGUCCGCGACGGACACGACGAGAAGAGGAGCGCCUCGAUCUGGUUGAAGAAUUUGGCCGAGAAGGUUGGCCUGAGAAAGUAA